AUGAACAAGACUGAUCCGCUCCAGCGAUGGAACUCGAUGAGCCCCGACCUUCAUUCGGGUACCGAGUCGAGUGUCAGCACUCCUUUCGUCAAAUGCGAAUUUCCAUUUGAUGAUGAGCUAUUCGGAAUCGAUCAGGUGAACCAUCCAAACCAAAUGAAGGAUGACACCAUGAGACAGCAACCAUCAAUGCCCCCAAUGCACUUCAAUAGAAAUAUGUCAAAUGGUGACAACAAUGGGUUUGUUAAAAAUGAAAUUGAAGAGAGUAUUCUGAACUUCAAUGUUCCAAAUAAUGAUGCCGAGAAUGUUGAUUCCCAGCAAAUGGAUAUCUACCGCGAUCUAAUUCUUCGCCAUCUGAUUCAAGACAUCAGCACCACUUGCGCGAAACUCGGCCUACCAACUGAUCCAUACAUUUGGAACGAGGAGCACAGCGCGAGAUGGAUAAACGAGAUGUGCCUCCAAUUCAAUUUGAAGCCGCCACGUCAAAUCUUCAUCACUGGACGAUCGCUGCUCGGAAUGAGCGUCAAAGAGUUUGAAAGUCUCACACCGGAGGGUGGCGACACCCUUCAUGCGCAACUUCAAGUAUGGAAGACUGCGUUUGAGUCAUAUCAUCCACCAGCGACCAUUCAGAGCAAUGGAAUGACAGCCUCCGAUAAUGGCAUGGACGUGAAACCAAAUUGGAUGAGCACUCAAACAAACAGUAGCAUGGCAGAAACGCCGAAUCAAUCGUCAUUUUUUCAUGGAAACGGCAACGCGUAUGGCAAUGAGACAAUGCACAUUGGGAGUUUCUUUCAGCCGGGCGCCGUACUUCCGUCGCCGAGCAAUAGCGAGACAAGCAGCAAUGGAAGCAGCCAAGACAUGAACGAUGAGGACAUGGAAUUGAUGAAUGGCAUGAAUUGCAAUGGUCCACCAAAUUUUUUCCAUCCGCCCGGUUACAUGCCAAUGUCGCCAAUGAAUGGCAUGUGCAACACCACUGUUGGCGAUGCUGAUGAGGAUGAUCGAGUUUAUUCACGUCAUCAGGGCACCGUACACUUGUGGCAAUUCAUUCGCGAAUUGCUUGACCAGCCCAAACAGUACAACACCUGCGUGAGAUGGGUCGAUCGCGAUGAAGGCACCUUUAAAAUCGAAUCAUCGCUUCUUUUGGCGAGAUAUUGGGGACAACGCAAAAAUCGCUCCCAAAUGAAUUAUGACAAACUCUCAAGGAGUCUUCGUCAAUAUUACAAGAAAGGAAUUAUCCAAAAGCCUGAGAAGAAGCAAAGACUCGUUUACAAGUUCCUUCCGCCUUACAAUAUGUAA